AUGUUAUUUAAAUCAAUAAACCAAGUAAUUAAUAUAAAUGGAUAUAAUAAAUUAAAUAAUAAUUUUAAUCAUCAAAAUAAUGAUUUAACUAGUAUUUCAUAUUCUCAAAAUAGUUUAUCAUCAUCAGUAAAAGCUAGUGCAGUCUUUACAAGACCACAAAUGUUUUGGACAAAUCUUUAA